AUGGCAGCACUGUCUCUCAAGCCAUGGUCACGCGCCUCGAACGACACAAGCACCCUCAAAGACAUCCUAGGUCGCGUACAUCUCGAACGAGGCCACUUCCGCGACAUCACCGAAGCCUCUCUACAAGAAGAACUAGCUAAUGAUGGCGCCCUCGAACUCAGCUCUAGCUCCGAUGAUGAAGCGGCCGACGAAGAUGAGGAGAAGCAAGAAGCUGGCAAUGCCAAGCCAAAGACACGAGAGGAUCUCUGGAAGGCUCGAGCGGAAAUGCUUCAGCACCUUGACGCGGCACACAAUGAUGUUAUGAUCGCACUGGACUUUACUUCCCUGCUCUUGACGAAGGAGGCGCCGAAAGUCGCUGCUCCUACCGUGAGCCAGGGCUUGAAACAGGAAGUACCGCUCGGCACGUUGGGGACGGAUAUCUGGCAUCGUAUGCCCGUCGACAAGGUACGGGAGGUGCAAGAUGAGGCUAUAAGUACGAAUGUGAGGAUGGAGGCGCUGCAAAAAAGUGCGGGUAGCUUGCUGGCUGCGGCGGAGCGAUUAGAGGGGAAUGUGAGGAGGGAGACGAGGUACUGGGGUGAGCUCUUGGGUGUCACGGAGAAAGGGUGGAAUGUGUGUCGGUUACCAGGUCAGAGAGGGCGGCUGGGAGUGACUUUCGGGUUUGGAGAGAGUGUGGGAGAGUUUGCGAGGAGAGGUGUGGCGGCUUUAAAUGCUGAUGCUGAGGGCGCGGUUGUGCUUGAGAGGGGCAUUGGAACAAAGACCAGAGGACUGAGGGUGGAGAUUAGAUGCGGGCAAGAGGUCGUAGGGAGUUCGCGUUUGCCACGACUGGUUGGUGAAGACGACCUGACGCUGGAGACAAGAAUACGACAUGCGAGAGACAGUUUGUUCGACGAGGAGUUGUAUCACGAGUUGGUCCGCGAGAGCCGAUCGGCAACUUCGCUUGGUGUGAGCAUGAAGGGAAGCAGUAUCUGUUUCCACUCUGGAGCUGACGAUGAUGGCGAUCGGGCUGAAGUAUCGUUCGAUCUGGUGUCGCUGGACGAUUCCGACAAUGUCUCCGCAAAAGGCGGCUUGGAACAAGACUCCGUCGCACAAGCUAUCGCAUUGGCGUCACGACUAUUACUCACCCAAGCUCAUCGCGAUCGGUUGCGAAAGCGGGCAGAGGUGCCUUUGCCCAUAUCUGAGAACCGCAAGGACGACCAGCCACUUCUACCGAUACUGAAACCGAUCAUAGCGUUCCUGAUGCAUCAGACUGCGAUUGAUCAAUGUAAUACCUAUCUGAAGCGACUUGACAAACUCCUUUCGAAAGCAAACUUAGAGUACCAAUGGGAAAAAGCACAUGUCAACCUCCCUGCUCUCUCCGACGCCAAAUGUGCAGAAGCAGUCAUUCGAGCACUAAUGCAACCCUGGAAAUCUGAUAGCCUGCUUUCUAUCGAGAACCACAAGAUCGCUAUCAAUAUGGAGACGAGUCUGGCGUACGGCUUUGGCACGAACUGGUCACUCACCACCCACAAUGGGGGCUGCCUUCGUGUCAACGACAUCGACGAACUACGCGGUGCGGUGGAUAGAUCUGUAGCGGGCGCUAUUGCUGGGACUAUUAGAGAGAAGGCUGGCGAGGGGUGGACGUCUAAUGAGCGGGAGCUCUUGCUGAGGAGAGGCCGGGGAGAGGACGGCAAGCAGGGCAAAGUGUGGGUUUCUCUGAGUGGCGAUAUGGGUUUGCUGAGCAUUGCAUCGAUGACUAAAAAGGUUAGUUGGUCAACGGAGGGUGAGAGUUCUGAGAUGAGUCUGGCAGAGGCCUGGUCAGAUAUCGUUGAUGUUAAGCCAUAG